UGUAAAUGUCCCUCAAAUUAUUUCAUGACGGCAUGAGUAUUGCCAAGUACCUGGUACUGUCAAGACAGUUCAACGGCAAUGAAUAAUGCACAAUUCUAGAACACGCGUUUUGAUAAGACCCGUCAGGAGCGUAUCCCAUUCAAAAGGAUGUGAGAAAAUCGCAUCACAGUUUCUAGAAUGCUUUUUGAACCAAAAUGCGGAUAUGUGUAAGUUUCAUCCAAGUGAGUGCUUCGUUACUUAGCUGAUCUACAAAUACGCACAAACAAUGGGUUGCCAAUUUACUCGAGAGGUGUACAUUGCCAAAGAAACAUACACGCCUUUGCUUUCUGAAGGAGAUGGUGAUCUAAACCGAUUCAUGUUGUCCAUUAAAAUCGAUGACGAGUUGAGCUUGACAAAACGAACUCCUGCCGAGGCCGAAGCCGUCAAGGAUGAGAUCGAGAAAUUUGGAGACAUUGUGUUCCAUAUGAAGAACCGACGCACUAAGAAAAAAGGGUUUGUUCCAUCGACGUAUAUGGCCAAGAAAGGCUCUUUGGAAUGUGAACCAUGGUACUUCGGAAAAAUUGGUCGUUCUCGAGCAAGCCAGAUCCUUUCUUAUCCUGUCAACAACCAUGGAUCGUUUCUGAUUCGGGAGAGUAACAAGCCAGGUUGCUUCGUCCUGUCUUAUAAGCAAUACACAAAAGAAGCUAAAUUCCAAGACCAACACCUUCUCAUUGAAUACCAACAUGGUGAAUAUUUUAUCUCUGCAAAGAUUCGAUUUUCAUCAUUAAGUACGUUGGUGGCUGCUGCUCAAGCCAAUCGUUUACCGGGUUUGCCGAUUUGCAUUUCUUCUAUCUGCAAGCUUCCCCGACCGACGCCCAAUACCCCUUUUGAAGACCAGACUUCCUGGUUACUCAAUCGAGACGAAUUGAACAUUCCAGAGAAUCCGAUUAAUAGUGGAAAUUUUGGCGAAGUCUACAAAGGUACAUGGAGAGGCCGUGUGGACGUGGCCAUUAAGAAGCUAAAGGUCGACGAUGGGAACAAUAUCCAAAAGGCACAGAUGGAAUUUGAACAAGAGACCAUGGUUCUGAAGCACCUUCACCAUCCAAACCUAGUUCAGAUCUUCGGAGUCUGUAUUGAGAGUCCGUUCCUAAUUGUCACGGAAUGGUUGGACAAUGGAGAUUUGAAAUCCUUUCUCAAGGAGGAACGCCAAAAACAGAAUUUAGGCUUUGACGAUCUUAUUCGAAUCUCCGGAAACAUUGCCUCAGCCAUGACGGAAUUAAGUCGUCUGCAGAUCAUUCAUCGCGAUUUAGCAGCGAGGAACGUGCUCAUGGAUAAAUGGGGCCAAGCCAAAGUUGCUGAUUUUGGCAUGUCUCGGAUUAACACAGAAUACUCAACUAUGCGAUCUUUCAUUCCGGUGAAAUGGAGUGCUCCAGAGGUCCUAAAAUUUCAUACAUUCACCACAAAAUCCGACGUGUGGUCGUUCGGAAUAACUCUAUACGAGAUUUUUUCCUUUGGAGCCGCUCCUUAUGGACAGGGAUCUGUGAAAGGGCAAGAGCUCCUCCAACAACUUGCAAAGGGCUACCGCUUGCCAAUGCCAGCCUUUAUGGGGACGGAAGAAGCAAAUAUCAACGCUGUCUACUUGAUUAUGUUGGCAUGUUGGCUGGAGGAUCCUCAAAAGCGACCGAGUUUUGAAAGCCUCAAGAAUGAUUUAGAAAACUUUGAAUUGGUGCGUGACGAGAAGUAUGACUUAGACCCAUCCGACUACAUGAGAGCCAAUGACUUAAAUGAAUGCCAUACAUUUGUUUUACCCAAGAGAAAAGGCGAAAAGAAGAGGAGACGAAAGCCAAAGAAAUAGUAGCUUCAAAUAGUGUCAAGAUGAACAUGUGUCCCAUUUGUAAAUAAUAUAGUAUAUUGACAAUAAGACAAGAGUCAAGUAGCCCA